AAAGGACUUAUCAAGAUGAUCAGGAAAUUGGCCAAAGACGUGGAAAAUAGCAAAAUGACAGUAGGUGGCAAUAGUCCCAAGCUACUCUAUAAAUCCAAGCUUGUUUCUGCUCAUUUCCACACCUCAAACAAUAUUACAAUGAAGAAUAUUAUGUUACUACCCCUCUCCUUCCUUCUCUUGGCUUCCACAUUGACACUGCUCCCUGAAGCAGUUCGUGCUUCAGGGAAUCCAGUGCUUGACGUUAAAGGCUUGGGGCUUCUCCCUGGAGUUCCAUAUUACAUGAUUUCAAGUGAAUGGCCGAUUGUUGGUGGUGUUGUCAGCUUGGGCAACGACAUAAACGGUACGUGCCCACUUGAUGUUAUUCUGCUGGAAAACUUUUGCGUUACAGGUACACCAGUAACAUUUACGAUUGCUAGUGGGGAUCAGGAACUUUUUAUCACAGAUUCAACUGAUUUAUACAUCAGUUUUGAUAGCACCUCAAACUGCACUAACGAAACAAUGGUGUGGAUGCAUGAAAGUAGUAAUAGUUCAUCAACUGAGCUUCUGACAAUUGGUGGAGUUGAAGGUGAUGUCAAUACCUUAUUCAGGAUUGUUAACGUGGGAGGCUCAUUUGUGUCCAACUACAAGCUCGUUGCUUACAAGCUCUCUUCGUAUGAUCUAGCUCUUACUGCUAGUGAUGUUGGUGCUGUGUUCGACUUCACAACGGGGAUUAGAUACCUGGCUUUGACUGAACCGCCAUUAAUUGUUGGAUUUCAAGUGGCUUAUGAUUAUGAUGGAUUAAAAGCUGUUGUGUAAUGCACUAUAUGUAUCCAUGUUGUAACCUUGGAAUCCUUGUAAUAAUGUUACUGGGAUUGAAAAUAAACACGAGCUUGUCAUUUA